UCAAAUAAAUGUUAUAAAUAGUGCUGUGUUCUGUUCAGCGCCGUGCCGUCCUCCUCUCAAAGCCCCAAGUGAAUAUUUUUUGCACUGCCCCCUUUUCUCUCAGUCGCACACUCACUCUCUCACAUCAGCUCACCUCUUGCCUUCCCUCUCUGAAUCCUCUCUCUCUCUCUCUCUCUCUCUCUCUCUCGCCCUGAGACUUUCUGGAGGACUUUUUCUAGCUUUGAGUACCUGCCAAGCAGUGAGAAGAAGCUCUCAGGAAGAGGCAGAAGACCGAUACGGUGGACAGACAAGUCUAGAGUAGCAGCGUCAGCAUGCGGUGUGUGAGCUUCCUCUCGGUCUGGCCAUACCUGCUGGUCCUUGGCCCGGUGGUAUGGGGCGCUCCCAGCCAGUGCCCGGCCCUGUGUCACUGCCACGGGGACCUGCAGCACGUCAUCUGUGACAAUGUGGGGCUAAAGAAUAUUCCACAGGUGUCAGAGGCCACCCGUCUGCUCAAUCUGCAGAGGAACAACCUGGGCAGCCUGCCCACCGGCUCCUUCGCCAGCAGCAAGGGUCUCAUCUCGUUGCACAUGCAGCACUGCCAGCUCCGCGAGAUCGGCGGACAGGCCUUCAAGGGGCUCAAGAAGCUCAUCUACCUCUACCUGUCCAACAAUGAGAUCACCAGCAUCAAGCCGGGUGCCUUCGAGGACCUCACCGAGCUCACCUACCUCUACCUGGACGGCAACCGCAUCAGCGACCUACCCAAGGGCAUCUUCUCGCCCAUGAUCAACCUGUUCAUCCUGCAGCUCAACGAUAACAAGCUGCGCGACAUCAAACCAGGCACCUUCGCCGGAGCCAAGGACCUGCGCUGGCUGCACAUGAGUGGCAAUGAGAUGAGCUCGCUGCAGCCGGGCUCUCUGGACGAAGUAGAGAACCUGGCAAUCCUGCACCUUGACAGGAACAGGCUGUCCACUUACCCCAGUCUGGCCAUGAGCAAGCUGAGAGUGGUGGAGGAACUGAGCCUGGCCAAGAACCCCCUGAGAAGCAUCCCUGACAACGCCUUCCAGAGCUUCGGACGCUACAUGGAGAAGCUGCACCUGGACGGCAUGGGGCUGGAGAAGUUUUCUGACGGGGCGUUCAACGGCAUGACGGCCAUCAAGUCUCUGCACUUGGACAACAACAAGCUCAAGUCCCUGCCCAAGAGCCUGGAGUUCACCAGCAUCACCAACCUCACGCUCGCCAACAACCCCUGGAGCUGCACCUGCACGCUAGGCCCUCUGCGCAAGUGGAUGGAUUCUAGCCGCCAGCGCCCUGAUGCGCUCUGUGCCGCUCCGUCCUCACAGAGAGGAAAGCAGAUCAGGGACAGCUCUGCCUUCAGCGACUGCACAGUUAAGACAAAGAGAGCCAAGAAGGGCACACGCCAUUAAAACACAGGAGACGCUGCCUGAGGGGAAAGGCCUGUCCAGGUGACAGGCUCGGUACGUGUGCAGAGAAAGAAAGCAACGCUAACUGCUACUUAAAGACCGUCCAUCUCACUAUCUGCCAAAUAUCAUGCAUCCCACAACCAACAUUCAGACGAGCAGCCAUGUUGACUCUCCUACUCUCGCUCUCCCUAAAGCCAGCUUUACACACUCACCUCUCAGGACCCCAUCACCUGCUGCCACAGCAACGGCCUGCAUCAUCCCCCAAGCCCCCCCUAACAACCUUCCAAAUGGAAUGUUCCAGGCCAGGUCUCCCUUUAUUUAAUGUGGUUCACUCGGUUGGUCAUGUCUCGCUUCUCCCAUGAGAAAUUCUGUCAGACUGAGAAAACAACA